AUCAUCGUAUACGUAGAAUUCGAAGGACUUGAUGGAAAUGUAUUCAGUGAAAGGCAAUUGCAAUUAGAUAUGAUCGGUAUAGACACGGAACAUCCGAUAAUGCAAAUUAACGGAAAGUUUUAUGAGGGUACAUAUGAAGAUGUUAUUGGCACUUACCUAUUUUUUAUGAAACAUGAUAAAUCUAUAGUAGAUGAUCCUGUUUUUGAUAUUGUUCCAAAUUUUAAAUAUUUUGGUAAAACUAGGAAAUUUCUAAGAAUGCAAAGAAUUUUUAUAAAAUCUAGAACAGAAGUUCUAGGUGAUUCUGAAAAUGAUCAGUGCAUUCCAAAUUUAAAUACCCUUAAACAAGCAGGAAUACCAUUUCAAUACCAAAAAAAAGCUCUUUCAUUUUGGAGGACUAUGCGAAAUAAUAGGCUAAGUGCAUUACAUUCAUACUUAGAGAAACAGCGAAUCAGGCAACAAAAGAAAUCUCAAGGUAUAAUAUUAGAGUCUGAAUCUGAUGAAGAUAAUCCAUUUGCUAUAUAUAAACAGAAAGAAGAAAUUAAUGAUUUAAACAAGUGUUUUGAUUCAAAAAAGGAAUUAAGUUACUCUGAUAAUCAAUUUGAUUUGAAAUCGACACAUCCUAAAGAAAUUAAUGAUUUAAAUGCCACUGAAGAUAGUUAUCAAAACCUAAACAAACAUAAAGCUCCCUUAGCAUCAGAAUCUUUAAUUUCAAAACAUGAUGAUUGUUGUUUUAUUCAACCUGAAAAAGGUUAUGAAACUAAAUUGUCUCGCAAAAAAAAGCUAAGUAUGACUCAUAAUAAGCAAAGAGUAGAACUUAAAACAAUAUAUACAUUACACAAAAAGGAUAGGAUUUUGUCAUUUGAUACAGGUGGAAAUGAAAUAUUAAACUUGAAAAACAAUUCAAUUGAGUGGAAUAAAUCUAACAUUAACGAAGCUUUUAGUUCGCUAGAAAAUAAUGAAAAUAAAAAUGGAGAAAAAAGUGACAAAUGUGAAUUAACUGUAACUGAUCAAACAGAUUCAAGUAAUAAUAAAAUUAUAAAAGAACUUAAACGAGAAGCAAAAAUGAAAGAGAUUUCACAACAAUUGAAAAAAAUAGCAAAGGAACAUUUACAAUCACAUACAAAAAUAAUCUAAUGGAUAUAUAUAAAAUUAUCAUUUUCAUAUGGACACAUAUAUAAAUUAAUUAAUACAUAAUGACAAAGUUAAUGAUCACUGCUAUUUUAUU